AUGCGAGGGCCUUUCUGCACAUCUUGUCGACAGUUAGCAUCUGCGGUACCAAAGGACACUUACGAUGCCAUCGUUAUAGGCGGAGGCCACAAUGGACUUACUGCUGCAGCCUAUCUGGCCCGCGCUGGAAAAAGGGUUUGUGUGUUGGAAAGAAGAAAUGUGAUUGGUGGAGCUGCUGUCACUGAAAAGAUUUUACCAGGUUACAAAUUCUCUCGCGCAUCCUAUCUCCUCAGCUUGCUUCGACCGAUUGUUAUCAAAGAUUUGAAACUAAAGAUGUUUCCCAAGUAUGAAGAAUUUAUUGAAAAACUGGUAAAACCCUUGGGACCGCUGAUGGACGAAGUGCCUUUGAAUGCUCAACAAUUCUCCAAACUCGAGUUGGUCAAGAAAACAUGGAAAAUGCUCCAGCGAGCGAGACAAAUAGGAGCUUCAAAUAUGGUCGAUUUCUAUGAGUUGAUGACAGCGCCGAUUGCUAAGAUUAUGGACAGAUGGUUCGAGAGCGAUGUUCUGAAGGCAACUUUGGGCACGGAUGGAGUUAUCGGAUUUGCAGCCAGCCCAUACGACCUGGGAACAGGCUAUGUUCUGCUUCACCAUGUUAUCGGUGGAGUAGAUGGCCACAGCGGAGCUUGGGCUUACGUUAUGGGCGGCAUGGGAGCGGUAUCAUCAGCCAUAGCAAAAUCUGCACAAAGUCAUGGAGCUGAGAUAUUUGUGGAACAGGAAGUGUCCGAUAUACUCAUCGACGAUGGCGCAGCACGAGGAGUUCGCCUAGUAAAUGGAAAAGAAGUUUACGCAAAAGUUGUUCUUUCAAACGCAACGCCAAAAGUCACAUUCGAACAUUUGGUGGCAGAGAAAGAGUUGCCUGUGGAAUUUCGCCGCGCGGUGAGCUCCAUUGACUACACCUCACCAGUUACAAAAAUCAAUGUUGCCGUGCGCGAAUUGCCAUCGUUCACCUGCUUACCAAAUGUGGGUACUGCUCCUAUGCCCCACCAUCAGACAACGAUACAUCUCAACUGUGAAAGUAUGCAAAUUGUCGAUGAAGCAGUGCAAGACUACCGAAAUGGGCAAUGGAGCAGAAGGCCGGUCAUAGAAAUGACCAUUCCAUCUGUAGUCGAUAGGUCAUUAGUGCCUGACGAUCGCUCUCAUGUGAUGUCUCUAUUUACGCAAUAUACACCUUACACAUUGAAGGAUGGUCCAUGGAGCAAUGAGCGGAAAGAACAGUAUGCAAAACAUGUCUUCAAUGAGAUAGACGCGUACGCUCCCAAUUUCUCGUCUUCAGUUAUCGGAUACGAAGUACUGCCACCUCCUGAUAUCGAAAAAAUAUUUGGAAUUACUGGAGGAAACAUAUUUCACGGAUCAAUGUCCUUGGAUCAAUUGUAUUUCACUAGACCAGUAUCCCGGUAUAGCAAUUACACUACACCCAUAAAAGGCUUAUACUUGUGCGGAAGCGGUGCACAUCCAGGAGGAGGAGUCACUGGAGCACCAGGAAGGCUUGCAGCGUUGGUUGCCUUACAGCAAUGA